AUGGCGCGGCGGCGACUCGUCGCGGCCACGUGUGUCCUCCUCCUCCGCUCUUCCGCUUCGCUCCGCGUCGCGCUCUGCGUGACGGGCCAGUUGCGGACCUUCGACCGCGAGGCCGUGCGGGAAUCGCAGGCGAACCGCCUCGUCGGCGACCUCCGGCGCCAGGCGUCGUCGCUCGAUAGCUUCCUCGUCGUGAGCGAGGCCCUCUCGACGACGACGACGGGCUGGCUUCAAACGCUCUACGCGCCCGUCUCCAUCGACGUCGUCGACGUGCGCAACCACAACUUCCAGUACUCGAUGCACGCGACGUGCGGCGAGCGGAUGCGCGAGCGCGAGCGAGCGACGGGCGAGGCCUACGCGUGGGCGAUCAAGUCGCGGUUCGACCUCUUCUUCUACGGACCGUCGCCGGCGCUCGCGUCGCUGUCGGCGGCGGCCGUCCACUCGAGGAUGCGACGAUGGCCCUACGGCAACGAGACGUUCGACGUCGACGCGUUGUCGGGAGAGAUCCAGUCCUGGGAGCACGGGGCCAAGGAGUCUCCCGGUUGCUCCCCCGACGGGGGCGAGAUUCGCGUCGACGACCAGGUGGCGUUCGUCCCGGCCGCCUUCAUCGGCGCCUACUUCGACGACCACGUCGGCACGGGCGUCGUGCACCGCGAGGUGCUGUCCGGCGGCGAGGGGAGCGUGCUCGGCCGCUACCCCGUGGGCGGCUGGGCCGAGGUGCCGCGGCCCCUGUCGUCGAAGGCGUCGGGCCCCGUCGUCGCCUGGUGCGUCGGCGGCGGCGGGUCCCACGUCGCCUGCGGCUUCGGCGACGGCACCGUCGAGGUCUGGGACUGGACGACGCUGCUCGCGCUCUGCGGGUCGCUCGCGCCGUCGCCCGCGGCGCGCAAGGCCGACCGCCGCGACAGCGGCGGAGCGGACGGCGCGCGCGCGUCCGACGACGACGACGACGACGCGAGCGACGACGAGGGCGCCGAGUCCGACCUGGCCGUGGCGCGCGUCGCCUGGGGCGCGCGCGCGCGGACGCUCGCGGUCUGCUACGCCGCCAAGAGCGACGACGCGUCGUCCGUCGUCGUCGCGGCCUGGGACGUCGAGGACGGCUGCGCGGGCGCGCGCGCGCCGCGCGUGGCGAAGCGCUUCGACGACUUCGACGACGCCGCGGACCUCGCGUGCGCGGAGAGCCUCGACGCGUUCGCGUUCGUGCUCGCGACGCCCGACGGCACGGGCGCGGUCUUCGUCGCCGACGGCUGCUCCGGCGCCGCGCCGGCCUUCGAGCGCCUCGACGACGACGGCGAGGACGACGACGCGUCCUGGGCCCUGGCCUUCGCGGGCGAGGCGCUGCUGGCCGUGUCGCCCGCGUUCCGCUGCACCGUCUUCCGCCGGGACCGCGGCGCGUGGACCGCGGCGGCGCAGCUCGACUGGAGCGCGGCCGCCGCGGGCGCGCCGCGGGGGUUCCGGCCCGAGCCGCGGCUCGCCGCGGCCGGGGGAGUCGUCGCCCUCGCGGGCGCCAAGUCCGUCGACGUCUUCCGCGCCGCGGACUUCCGCGACCCGUCGACGCCGCCCGCGGCCGCGGCGUCGCUCGGCGCCGCGUGCCUCGCGCGGGUCCGCGGCGACGCCGUCGGCGCCGCGGCCCUGGUCUGGGACCGCGUCCACGUCGGCGCCGCCGCCGACGGCGGCGGCGUCGUGGCGCUCGCGACGCUCGCGGAGCCGCCCUACGCGGGCCCGCGGGCGCGCGAGCCGUACGCGGGCGAGUCGCGCGUCUUCGCGUGGUCCCUCUCCGACGACGCGGUCCCUUCCGACGUCGAGCCGGAGAUCCUCCCGUCGGCGCUGCCGCGCUUCCAGGCGCCGAAGCCGUCGAGCAAGAAGACGGGCGCGGGCGCCGUCGCGGGCGCGCCGCCGCCGCGCCUCGAAGCCGUCGCGACGCGCGUCCACGGGCCCCCGCGGAGCCGGCGCCUCGAGGCCCUCUGCCUCGACUCCUCCGGCGCGCUCCGGGAGGCCGGCGCGACCUUCGCGACGGUCUGGGCCGGCGCGCACUUCCCCGUUGGCUACGAGCUCCUGCUCGACAACGUCCACUACGCGGAGUGCGAGGACGAGCUCGACUUCUGCGGCGGCGUCGAGCAGCUCCCGACCUACGAGACGGACCUGCGCACCGUCGACGGCUUCUUCGCCGUGUCCAUGGACGACGAGGAGCUGAGCGACGAGGUCCUCGACGUCGUCGGGUCGAGCCGCGCAGAGCCGCCGCCGCGGCCCUACGCGAGCCCGCUGACCGCGUCGGGGCGCGUCGCGCGCGGCCACGACGACGAGCUCGCCGGCGCGAGCGUCGGCGCCGUCGGCGACCCCACGGUCGCCAAGUUCCGCGCGCUGCUGCUCUAACGCUAUUACGGCGGG